AUGGAUGUUGACGUUAAGCUAGAGGAAGAUGAGAGGGAGACAUCCCAAACAAUCAUUUGGUCUGAUUCGAUUAAUGCCUGGAUAGAUUACCCAAGUUCCCUAUUGUCAGGAAACACGGAAACAGGUUCCCAUGUGGGUUUACUGAAAGAGCAUUCACAUGUACCUACAAUAAAUCCCCAAACAACAAGUCAUGGGCAGGUUUUACGUAUUUUUCCUGAAAAGACCGGAGCACGUGAUGGGGAGAACAGGGCUGUCAAAAUGGUUUAUUUCCGUGAAGACCAAGAUACAGUCAGCACAUCUGAAAGGCUUUUGAUCAAAGAGGAGUCAUGGCACGAAGCACCGUCCAGUGAUAUUUCAAUGGCGAAUGUAUCCACCCUCAGUGGUUUUUUUGAAGCUCAAAUCAACCCAACUUCACAGGGGUUUCGCCUAAACCAGACCCAGACCAAUAAUGAAUUGCUUGUAGACAAUGUUACUAUCCCAAGCCAUAGUACUGCCAUUCCUUCUGUGCUAACCUCACCUGCUACAGAAAGCGGCUGUAAUUUAGCUGUAUAUACUAGACCUAUUCUUCCAGAAUAUUGUGAGCCAUUGAACUUUCCCUCGGAUGAAGAAGAAGAAGACUACAAUGCCGAUUUAAGAAGAAGACUACAAUGCCAACAAACGGUAGAGGAUAAAUAUAUACGGCAGUGUCGUGGCUGUUACUCAAGACCUAACCUUAAAAAGUUUGGGAAAUGUUGGAAAGAUCCAUACGCCAAGUGCAAGGAAAUAGGUGUAGAUUUCAAUGUUGGAUCUGGACCGAAACAGAAACUUGAUUUGCAUUUACUGACAAUUGGUGUUAUGGUCGAGGUGUCCGAAUAUGCUAAAAAUAUUAAUAGAUCUAACAGGCAUGUUAUCUGUGAAAUUCUAGAAUACAACUUUGGUCUUGGUGUACAAAAUGAUGUACGAUAUUUAUUUUCAAGCCGCACUAUGUGGAAAUUAAAAGACAUGCUGAAGAUGCAUUCCAAGAGGAGAAACCCUGAGUGGUUAACAGAAGUGUUUGAACUUCCUGAUCCAAAGACAAUGAAAGCAUGGGGAAAAUCUCGAUUUGCAAGGUCCAAUUUGCAUAACAGCGUGUCAGGAAAUCCUACACCUUUUGACAUCUGCAUAAAGGAGGACCCUGUUGGGGACCUGAUAGCUCCUCUGCGUGUGACGACUGAGCGCUUCUCUACGGAGACAGAUGUAACAGGAUGUGCUGAUGAGACAGAUGUAACAGGAUGUGCUGAUGAGACAGAUGUAACAGGAUGUGCUGAUGAGACAGAUGUAACAGGAUGUGCUGAUGAGACAGAUGUAACAGGAUGUGCUGAUGAGACAGAUGUAACAGGAUGUGCUGAUGAGACAGAUGUAACACGAUGUGCUGAUGAGACAGAUGUAACAGGAUGUGCCGAUGAGACAGAUGUAACAGGAUGUGCUGAUGAGACAGAUGUAACAGGAUGUGCUGAUGAGACAGAUGUAACACGAUGUGCUGAUGAGACAGAUGUAACACGAUGUGCUGAUGAGACAGAUGUAACAGGAUGUGCUGAUGAGACAGAUGUAACAGGAUGUGCUGAUGAGACAGCAAUCUUUGAUCCUGAAAAUGAACCUAAUGAUAUCUGCACGAGGGAUGAGCCAGAUCUGGACAUCAUCCAUCAUGUCCAGACGGAGACCUUCACCAUUCAGACAGACACGACAGUGGACCAAUCCUUAAUGAUGCCCACAGUAGAAGAAGCAUUGAGGGAACUCUACCCAAUCUGUAAGGAAAAAGGACUUGACCUUGAUGUGAAAUCAAAAUUUGGGAAAAAUGAGAAACUUGACUUGCAUCUAUUGACCAGAGACGUGAUGUUUGAAUUGGCUGAUUUUGCCUCAAAAGUGUGUGGAAAUUGGAAGCAGAUGGUCUGUGAUGUUCUCGAGCAUAAUUUUGAUCUGGAUUUACAAAGUGGGAAAACUGAGCUGGCUGAAGAUAUUAUGGGAAGGUUAAGAGCAGUUUUGCAGCGCAAGGCAGGUUUAAAAUAUCAUGACUACCGACUGAGAUGUGAAUUUGAAAAGGAAUACUUUUUCUUGAAGAAGUCACGCAAACGCAAGAACCCUGCAGAGAUGUCCAGUAACCAGGUAACUACAACAUCACUUGAGCCGAAAUACCAAAUGAAAGAAGUAUCGAAAAGGAGGAGAUUGGAUUUAAUGAGGAAGAAAAAUGAAAUGGACAUGUGCAUAGUGAGGGAGACAGAGGGAUUGCGUUUUGAAGUCAGACCAGUAGAACCUCAUUGUGUCAAGAUGGAGAGCAUCUCUGAUGAGACUGACCUUGCACUUUGUACUGAUGAAACAAAGCAAAUUGUUGUUACCAACUUGGACCAAUCAAAUGUGACGUCUAACACCCAAAAAGGGCUGAAAGUGUGCUACCCACUCUGUGAGGAAAUAGGUCUGGACCUUGGUGUUGCAUCCAAACCUCCUAAAAAUAAACUGGAAUUUCAGUUACUGACAAACGGUGUAAUAUUUGAGGUGUAUAAAUAUGCUAAGGUAAAAUCCUAUCCCGUAAAAGCAAAAGGAUGGGGGUAUAUUCUCUAUGAUAUUCUAGAAUACAAUUUUGAUCUUAGUUUGCAAAAUCAGAGACGUAAUCAAUUUCAAUUAUGUAUUCAUCUUAAAGUGCGAAGAAUGGUUCAGAAACACAAAGCUGAACUCUCAGAAAAGGGCGAAAUCUCAAAAGAAUUGUUCAUAAUACCUAGUGUGAUGCAAACCAAAGCAAAGAAAAACAGUGCUUUCAGAUUAUUUUCCCGAAAAAUGUAUGGAACAAGAUGUAAAACUGGUUUAUCCUCAUCGAGGUAA